UUAAACUAGGUGAUUUGUCCCGUGACCCUUUUUCGCCUAGAACUGAUCGCUUGAACUUAACCAGUUGAUCGAUAGGGUCUGCCGACCAUUCCGCAGAUCGAGGUCUCGACCCGAGAGCAGAAUUCUGGGGAAGAAAUGAUCUAGACCUAAUAGAAGGCGGGCAGGGAAAGGUGAAUUGCGGGGAAUCGGUUGCGGACAUGGCUCACGCGACCUCAUCCUCCGUCCCCGCCGUCGAUGAGAAUAGUUUAUAAUGUUCUUUUUGUGACAUUGAAGAAUUAGGAGAUGGCAUCAAGUUGUGGGUUCGUUGACUUAUUGCAUGAAGCACCCUUAUCAAGUCAUCGACAACCUAGAAGUAUUUUUGGCAGCAUUUUGUACUGCAUCCUGUUGGCAAGCAGGUUGCGUAGUUGUGGUAGUUGCAGCACGAUGGAUAUUCUUCCUCACGCCAGAACUGAUACCAGCAAUGAUUUGCAGUUGCAAUGUCAUCUUACUAGUAAUCACAGGCAUAUUUCAGCAGUAUCUAGUCUACCAGGUCAAAAAAGUGAGGUUGCAGGGUUAUUACAUGUUUAGCGAGAAGCUGAAACACAUUGCUAGACUUCCAUUUGCUGCUACUGCAUACGGAACAGCUUUGAUGCUACUUAUCUGUGUUUGGCAACCUUAUCUACAAAUGCUCUCUGUGUCAACAUUAUUAAGGAUUGUGAUGUUUGCUGAAGUCGUUGGUGUUGGCUGCUUUAUGAGUGUUUAUAUAGGUUGUAUACAUCAGUACAAUUCGUUGAAUGGUCAACCUGAUAUUUUGAAGUCUCUCUAUUCUGCUUUGCAACCAUCAAGUUCACUGGAAGAGCUCAGGUAUCACGAUGGCGGGCGCCUUUCUGAUCAGCAAAUGGCUCUGUUGCAGUAUCAACGUGAAAACCUUCAUUAUUUGAGUGAAGAGGUACUUCGUUUACAAGAGCUGUUAAGCAAAUACCAACGAGCUGAUGAUGGGGCUACUCCUCAGGUUGAUCUUGCUCAUCUAUUGGCAGCUCGUGACCAAGAACUUCGAGCUUUAUCAGCUGAGAUGAAUCAGGUGCACGCAGAGAUACGCCUUGCCCGCAACUUAAUUGCGGAGAGAGAUAGUGAAAUCCAGCAAAUUCGUUUAACCAAUAAUAAAUAUGUUGAAGAAAAUGAAAGACUGAGAGCUAUAUUAGGUGAAUGGAGUUCUCGAGCAGCUAAGCUUGAGAGAGCACUGGAGGCAGAAAAGGUUUCAACUAUGGAGCUGCAGAAGAGAAUUUCAGAACAGAGAAGCCAGUCAUCUUCUCAAGUAGGUGAUGAGCGUUGAGCCUUUUCAUUUCAGUUUUUAUAGCAUAUCAAGAUGUAUAGCUUUUCGCAAAGUGGUAUUUGCAGGUUGCAUUUGUGGUUAUUGUGAGCGUUUUCAUUGAUUACUUCUAUAUUAAUCUUAUAUUGUGGUUUUGAACUUAUUUCUUUUAGCACUCAUACCGCAUGUUUAGGUUCAAACAAGAUCAAUAUAAGAGCUUUUGAUUUCAACUA